AUGAACUUUAUACAUCGAAUUUGCCCGAAAAUCACUCGAGUGACUGGUGCGCUUUCCUCGGCGACUCGCUCUUUUGCCUCAGUAGCACCAAGCGGUGUAAGUUUUGCGUUAACAGAGGAUCAACGAAAUUUUCAAGAACUCGCUCGUACAUUCGCACAUGAAGUGAUCGCGCCUAACGCGUCACAUUACGACAAAACCGGCGAGUAUCCGAGCGAAAUCAUCAAAAAAGCUUGGGAAAUCGGUCUGGUCAAUACGCAUAUUCCUCAAGAGUACGGUGGUGUCGGUCUGGGUGUAUUUGAGGGAAGUUUGAUAACCGAGGAAAUAGCAUGGGGCUGUACCGGAAUUCAAACUGCUAUCGAGGCGAAUGGGCUUGCUGAGGCACCAUUAUUGGUUGCAGGAAACGCGCAACAAAAUAAAAAAUACUUGGGUCGUAUGACCGAGGAACCGUUAAUGGCUGCUUACUGCGUUACGGAACCAGGUGCUGGCUCUGAUGUGGCUGGAAUUGCAACCCGGGCUGAGAAGAAAGGUGACAAGUGGGUGAUCAAUGGGCAGAAGAUGUGGAUUACCAAUGGCGGAAAGGCGAAUUGGUAUUUUUUAUUGGCUAAAACUGAUCCAAAUGCAAAACCUGGUGAUGCGUUCACUGGAUUUAUUGUGGACGCCGACACACCAGGAAUUACUCUUGGAAGAAAGGAAAUCAAUUUAGGACAGAGAGCCAGCGAUACGCGAGGCAUUACAUUUGAGGAAGUGGUGGUGCCUGAAGAAAAUGUACUCGGUACACCUGGAAAAGGUUUUAAGAUUGCUAUGGCUGCAUUCGACAUAACUCGUCCGCUAAUUGCAUCGGCCGCAGUAGGCUUGGCUCGUCGCGCUCUUGAGGAAUCGGCCAAAUAUGCCAGCGAAAGGAAGACAAUGGGAAAAGCAAUCAUUAAUCACCAAAGCAUAGCAUUUAUACUGGCGGAUAUGGCCAUAGGCAUCGAGUCAGCUCGCAACUUGGUUUGGAAGGCUGCAUGGUUACGAGAUCAGGGCGAGAGAAACACGUAUUACGCGUCCAUCGCGAAAGCGUUUGCGUCGGACGUUGCCGUUAAUUCUGCCAACAUGGCCGUUCAGGUUUUUGGCGGCAAUGGAUAUAAUACAGAAUACCCUGUCGAAAAACUAUACCGUGAUUGUAAAAUCUUCCAGAUUUACGAGGGCACCUCACAGAUUCAGAGAUUAAUCAUUUCGAGACAUAUUGCUGAGAACGUGGCCAAUUUAUAA